AUGGAACAGCGAAAUGUCGUGAUCAAGAGGGCUCGUCGCAAACAGCACAGCAGCUGUGAUCAAUGUCGGAAAGCCAAGCGCGCUUGCGAUGCUGCUCAUCGAGUGGAGGCGCCCGUUGUAGGUGCAGUGAAGUUGCAGCCUUCAUAUAUGAAGCCUGCGGAACAGCGAGAGAGGCUGCGAAGUUCUGCAUCGAAAUGCUCCAACUGCCAGAAGACGGGCCGAGAUUGCACGUUUGAAUGGCUCGAAGAUGUCCUGCCAAAGGCGACCAAUGCCAGUAAGAAAAGACAGCAGCAAUACGACAGCAUUGAACCGCCACAGCAACGGACAAUAUCGCAAACCAGUCCUCCUCAACUGACACAGGCUCCGACUGUCCGGAGUACACCAGGCUUCUCGGGAUCGAAUCCACAAAUACAGACUUGGGAUUUCAAUCCGAAUCUCGAUGAUCCUGGGAUAGAUUCCUGGGUCGAGGUUCCGGACAUCCUCGGCCACGGAGACAGUCAGGUGGCUCAAGGAGAAAGUCCACUCCAUGACCGAGAGCAGCCUGCUUCGGUCCCGGUAUGGUGGACAGAUAACAUGCUCGCCGAGGAUUCGAUCAGCGGCAUCCACAUUCCUUAUGAGACUGCCCAAGAUCUCGAAGAUUUCGACCUCGACUUCUCGCAAGCCGACACAGGUCUCAACAAUGCGAGAUCUUGCGGACCCGAGAGCGAGAGUACACUCUUUGGAUUUGCUGACUGGGACGGAGCAUCAGGUUCCAACUUCUUGUACGGCCAAGCUUCACCUUUGUUACUGCACAGGGACGACUUAGCAUCGGGCACCAACCGGUGGUUGCUGGCACAAAAUUGGUUGCGAGUGUAUCACGACAGCUUCGAGAACGCUCUGUCGUGUUGGCUGACGGAGAGGAAUUGCCCCUACACUCUUUCGAAGCCCUCCGGCACCAAUCACAUGUCAUCGAACGGCGGCUCCGGCGUAUGGGGGACCCAGUGGUCGAACAGAAUAUACACAAGAGUGUGUAACCUGGAUCGUUUCAUGAAUGAUAUCCCUGGGAAAAGUUUGAGUAAAACAGAGAAUUCCGUCGCCGGAAAAGCAUUGCACGCUGCGGUUAUGGCAUUCGGAGUUCAGUGGGCCCAGGCUGGUGCCAGGGGUAAUAUGCGAGACCUUGCCUCAUCAGCAGCCUCGAUGUCAAGUAUGCAUGAGGAAAUGAAUUUUCCAUCUGCUGAUGGGUUUGGAAGAUCUGUUCAAGAAAUGCUGUGGAACCAGGCGCGGCAAGCAUUGCAAAACGCUGCGGGUGUUCAGUCCUACCGAGUGGCAUUUGCGAACAUCAUCUUCUCACUGACUCAGCGGCCGCUCAACUUCGAAGACUGGGCGCACGACUUGAGCAGAUCGGGAUUCAAUGAAGACGGCGCAGCCCGUGAUAUCCAAAGCGAGCUGACAACGCUGCCAGAAGAAGGGGAGGCUCUGACCAAGUGGCAGAAACUGCAAGACAUCCUGAAUGCAGACGGUCCUCCAAUCUUUCUGGAAGCAGCGUCGAGACAAUUGAUAUCUUCUCGCUGGAAAUGGGAACAAUCCGAGCGCCAGCAGACCAAACGAGCCAAGCUUCUGCGUCCCCAUGGGCAUUUCGGUCUAGAGCAAGCGCCGGCUCGCAGGCUCGUCCCGAGUCGUGAACAUCGCGAGACCUUCAAACUUCUGUCCUGGCUUGCCAUCAUGUUCGACACCAUAUCCGCGGCGAUGCUACAACGUCCUUUGGUCGUGUCGGACGAGGACAGUAGCAUUGACACAUCCGAUCCAUGGGACGUAUCUGACGACGCAUGUAUCCAGGAUUGGAGUGGCAGAUUCGACUACUCCGCCGAGGCUCUUGACUUAGAUGGAUGGGAACCUGUUUCACCGGACGUGGGACAUCAUAAAACAUUGUCAAGAGAUCUGUGGGGGACGUUGUUUCUUGACAAAGAGUGUCCUCAAAGUCUGCAAGCUCAGAGUCAAGAUCAGUGGCAUUUCGAUUUGGAGGAGGCCGCAGCAAUCCUGUGCGACGCGGCGCCAGUCAAGGUCCUCCUCUUCCGCAAGGUGGGCCGAAUCCAGAAAUUGAUGUCCAGACGGGUUGCUGGCGACGCACUUGAAUCUGCGCUAGAAGACACACUCGGGGUAUAUGCUUAUUGGAACAGAUCAUACGGGAAAUUUAUUUCCCAAUGCAUCGCCAAUCACCACGAGCUGCCACCCCGGAUCCAAUCUUGGUACAUCGUUUUGGCCGGACAUUGGCAUCUAGGAGCCAUGUUGCUUGCUGAUGUUGUCGAGGAAAUGGAUGGUGCUGGCCUAAGUCAAGCCUUCCAGCGACAUGUACGACGGGUAACGGAUUUUUCCAACGACAUGAGGAGGAAGAAUGCAACCACUGUUUCCGAGUUGUGUCGAUGUUCCCUGCAUGGUCCAAGUCUGUCAUUUCCCAGAGCACGAGAGUUCACCUACCCGGUCAACCAAGUUGCCUUGUUGUCAGAGCCAUGGACCGUUGUACUCAUUCAAUCAUUCAGCAGAGCGGGCUAUGUCUUUGUCAGUCAAUUAGAUUCCUCCAACGAAUGGCGGGACAGGACCUCGUCGAUCUCCGAUGAUACGAAGUAUCUGGCCAGGAGGCGAUGCAGCUACUGUAUUGAGGGACUACUCAAUCUGGCGAACAAGUCGGAUAUGGCAUAUCUGGCGGCGCAGUUCUUGAGAAAAUGUCUGCGAGACGCGUAA